UUCAGCAUCAUUGUUUUAUUAAAUUAGUAAGGUGAAGCAUUUUCUCUGAAAUUUUCAGUGGAGUGUGGAAUUAGAGAGGGAAUGGAAGAAAGAGACACUUUAGCUUAAAUUACAUUUGGUCAUAUUGUGACACAAAAAUAUAAUAAAAAAAUUCAGCAAAGACACUCUCUUAGAGAAUACAGGGUAUAUAAAUAUAAGAUUGAUUUAAUGUAUAUGAAACUAAUACAAGCUUAAGAUCCAAUAACAAAAAAUGGAUCCAGAGCUGUAUAAUGCUGCAAUAUUUGGAAGCAGUGAACUAUGUGAGAAACUCACUGAAGAUGGUUCAAAUAUAUAUCUUGGCCAAGUAACAUCCCAAAACAACACCAUUCUUCAUGUUGCAGCAAAAUCUGGCCAGAGAAAGCUUGCAGAAGAUGUUCUGUACUCGAAUUCUUCGCUUCUGUAUGAAACAAAUACAAAAGGCAACACUGCACUACACAUUGCAGCAAGGCUUGGACAUUUGGAGAUGGUUCGGUUGAUUGUAAACAAGUCAAAGGAGCAAGAUCUUGAAGCUGACAGGAGCUUGCUAAGGAUGUCAAAUUUAAAGGGUGACACAGCUUUGCAUGAAGCUGUUCGAAAUGAUCAUUAUGAGGUGGCGAUUUUGAUCAUUGAUGAAGACCGAGAUUUGACAUGUUUUGUCAACAAUGUUGGGGAAUCUCCUCUGUUCUUGGCUGUAGACAGAGGAUUUUACAAGGUUGCUCUUCAUAUUCUUGAGACCGCCCCCAAGUGCUCGUAUGUAGGAAGGAAUGGCAUGAAUGCUUUGCAUGCAGCCGUGAUUCGAACACAUAAAAGCAAGCAGUUUAAAUCAACUGAGAAAAAGACUCCUUCAUUAUGGAAGAAAAUCCCUUAUAUUGAUAAAUAUAUAAACCUUAGUCUCAAGUUUCCUCUUUCAAGAUAUGAACUAAAUAUCACAGGAGCAGAUUUUGUGGGAAAUGUUCUGAAAAAAUGUCCAUCUUCAAUGUUAGAAGCUGAUGACUUUGGUUGGAUACCUCUCCACUAUGCAGCACACUUGGGAAAUGUAGAAGUUGUUGAGCUAUUUUUGGAGAUAAACCAUUCUUCCAUUACAUAUGUAAAUGACAACAAUGGCAUGUCUGCUCUUCAUAUUGCAGCUAAGGAAGGGCAUGUCAAUGUGAUGAGAUCAAUAGUCACAAAAUGCCCUGAUACUUGUGAAUCAUUGGAUGAUAGAGAUCGAACUGCUCUUCAUGUUGCUGUGGAGAGUGGUAAGAAAAAUGCAGUCAAAUUCUUACUCCGGACACUUGCUUUCCAAGAUCUUAUAAAUGAGCAAGAUAAAGAAGGUAAUACCCCUUUGCAUCUAGCUGCUUUCCAAGGCCAUUCCAAAAUUUUGGAAAUUCUGGCUAGGGACCCAAGAGUUGACAAAGGAGCUCAAAACAAGGCUGGAAUGACCACUAUUGACAUCGUCCAAUCAAGCAAGCAGCUUAGGGAGCUUGAAAUCCUUAAAACUCUGAGUAUGGCAGCUUUGGAGAUCACAGGAGCUCUGCCAAGUUUAGAACAAAAGGUUAUCAGAGAUGCUGCUGAAGCAAAGGCGUUUAUUGACACGAACCAACUUGAUGAAUUUGAAGAACAUGACAAAGGCAAGAGUAAACUGUUUGAAGCAAGUGAAUUUUAUGCUGCAGAUAAGUACCAAGAAGACGGGCCAGAAUCAAAUUCUCAAGGAUACAAGCCCUUGGACAUAACAAACAUGUCAAGCAUUAAUUUAAUAGUAUCCUCAAUCAUAGCAGCAGUCACAUUUGCAGCAGCCUUUACAAUGCCUGGUGGAUACAAUGAGCAAGGCAUAGCUGUUUCGAGUGAGAAAAAGGCGUUCAAGAUGUUUCUUCUGUUUGAUUCUUUGGCUUUUGGUUGCUCGGCAGCCUCCAUGUUUGUCCACUUUUUGGUUGCAGCCUGGCCUAAGCGGUUGGGAUUCAUAUACCCAAUAUACUGUGUGACAAUCUUGACUGAACUAUCACUUGUGGGAUUAGCACUGGCUUUUGUCCACGGUGCACUCGCAGUAUUUCCUCAGAACUCAGGGCUUGCUGAUAUGGCUACAAACAGUGUUCUUCUCUCCUUUUCCAUUCCCAUUAUAUAUUUUUUUCUCAAGAUCACUUACAGCAUCUAUUCCUUGUUCAAGGCUCAUGGUAUUCCGGCGAAAAAGGCUUGGUGCAGAAGAGUGUAAAGACUCACAUUUUUGGAGUCACUACCCUUUAUAGAUCUCUAAUAUCUUAUGUUUAAUCUCCACAAAAAGAAAAUCACUGUCACUGGUGUUUGUUUGCAAACAAUGAUAACAUUAAAAACUAUGUUCUGUCCUGUCUUUGGAGGAAGAAAUUGAGAACAGUUCGCCUCUCGAAUGGAUUUGGUCUAGAAAAGACUUGUGUGAUUUUCUAUCAUUUGGUUGAAUAAGUUAAGUAUAGAUGGCACAUAUAAACAUACAUUACAUACUCUAGUGCAUGUCAUGAGUGUUAUUAUUAGAUAUAUACACAAUGUUUAUUGUACAACAAAAUGAAUGAAAGAGUUUUUUUCAGUUCAAAAACUA